ACCCGAAGCUGCAGCGGCUUGGAAAUCUGAGAAGCGCAACAAGAGAAAGUUGGAGCUGGCUCGCAAGCUCCGUUCCUCUUCCGGUCUUUCUUUCCCCUCCGCUGCGACGGCGAGCCCAAGAAAAUUCUCCUCUAGGAGAGCAUGGAGGUCUCCGCUGGGCUCCGGCCGCCGCCCGUCGCUGCGGCAGCGUCGCUCCGAGGCCGUCGGUCCGCGUCGGUGCCGCCGCGCGCGGCUUCCCAUUCGGUGCGGUCCGUGUGCCGCCCGGUUAAGAUUAAAGCAAGUGCAAUUUAUGACCUCCAAAGAAGUAGAAGUAAUCUUGAAUCGUUAUUCUGUUACGACAAAUCUGUCCCAGAGGAGAAUAUUGGAAAACCAUCAGGUCUAAAUUUGGAAAAGAAGAAUGUUGGGAACAACCCUCCCUGCUCAAGUUGUGAAGCUAAAGGUGCUGUGCUGUGUGCAACAUGCGCUGGUUCAGGCUUGUACGUUGACUCAAUACUAGAGAGCCAAGGAAUUAUUGUGAAAGUCAGAUGCCUAGGUUGUGGAGGAACUGGGAACAUCAUGUGCACCAAAUGUGGAGGCCGUGGGCAUACAUGAAUGCUAAAGCUUGCACCUUGUUGCAAAUCAAAAGAGUUAACUCUAUGGAGAAUUUUCCUUGUGCUACAUGAUACGGUGCUGAGCUAGCUGCUGUAGCUACAUUGAAACAUGCUUUAGAAGCUACUGAACUAUCCUGUUUCGCCUUUUCUUCUUCCCCUGAUUUCAUGCUUAAAAGCACGAUGCAUCAAAGGAUUCGAUGUGAUGUUGUAAUCAUAAAGGUGUAAUGGUGGAAGAUACACUUCGUUUAUGGGAGAGAUGAGAUAUUAAAUUCAAGUGUGCUGUACUCC